AUGGGUUCUUGUGGAUUUUCUGUGAUCAUAAAGAAGAGAGAGGUGGUGGCAGCUGUGCUGCCAACGCAGGAGCACUGGUUACCAAUGUCAAACCUGGAUUUGCUUCUACCACCCUUGGACUUUGGAGUUUUCUUCUGCUACAAGAAAAGAACUGACCAAGAACAGUUCGAAAACAUGGUGAACACCAUCAAGAAAGCCUUGUCUCAAGCCCUCGUCUCCUUCUAUGCAUUAGCCGGAGAAGUAGUUCACAACCGCCUUGGCGAGCCUGAGCUGCUCUGCAACAACCGGGGCGUCGAUUUUGCCCUAGCUUAUGCAGAUGUGGAGCUCAAAGACCUCGACCUCUAUCACCUUGAUGACUCCGUUGAUGGGAAAUUGGUCCCCAUUAAGAACCAUGGUGUGCUUACCGUUCAGGUGACAGAGCUCAGAUGUGGUGGCCUAGUGAUUGGAUGCUCAUUCGAUCAUCAAGUAGCCGAUGCUUAUUCAGCCAAUAUGUUCUUUGUUGCAUGGGCACAAAUUGCUAGAGGAAAAUCUCUAUCUCAGACUCCAAUUUUCAGGCGCUCAAUGCUCAAUCCACGACGCCCAGGUCAAUACGACAAGGCCAUUGAUGAUAUGUACAUUUUUUUGUCGACGUUGCCACCACCACCGCCACCAAAAGAUCUCAAGCCCAAUGAAGAUCAUCUCAUUAGUCGCAUCUACCAUAUCACAGCCGAGGAAAUCGACUGCCUCCAAUCCAAGGCCAGUUCCAAUGGAUCCAAGAGAACCAAACUCGAGUCUUUCACAGCAUUCCUGUGGAAGAUUAUGGCCGAGGGGGGCCAUGAUCAUAGCAAGAAAUGCAAAAUGGGUAUUGUAGUGGAUGGACGCGGGAGGUUUGACAAAGCUUUGUCAUUGGAGAAUUAUUUUGGAAACUUUCUUUCCCUUCCAUAUGAUGAGGCAAGCGUAGGUGAAAUCAAGAUGAUGGCGCUUAAUCAGGUUGCAGAUGCUGUCCACGAAUGUGUGGAAGGUGCCAAGGAGGAACAUUUUCUCGGACUGAUUGAUUGGGUGGAGUUGCAUCGACCAGAGAAAACAGUAGCAAAGAUAUAUUUCAAAGAGAGCAAUGAUGAAGCAGCAAUUGUCGUGUCAUCGGGACAACGCUUUAUAGUAUCAGAGAUGGACUUUGGAUGGGGACGACCGGAUUUCGGGUCGUACCAUUUCCCAUGGGGUGGCCAGACUGGGUAUGUGAUGCCAAUGCCAAGUAUAAGUAGGGAAGGAGAUUGGGUUGUGUACAUGCACCUCCCUGAAAAGCAAUUGGAUCUGAUUGAGAAGGAGGCAUCUCAUGUGUUUGGGCCCUUAACUCCUGCUCAUUGGAACUUGAUGACUGAUGAUUCAGAGAUGACUUCUAAAAUUGAUAUGAUACAUCUAUGA